UUAAAAUCGUGUCGCAUGAAAUAGAACCUUGAAACUGUAAAUUAUCGUAAAAAGUCAUGACACCGAAAACAUUGAGUAUAGAACAGAGCGACGAGACAAAACGUGUCGUGAUGAUAAUGAACAGAGGUCCAUAAACUGGAGAUCGUGUACACUUGAGGUUAAUCAUUCUUGGUAUCACGCUCCAAAUGCUUGCGCAGUUUGAUCGUAAUUUUGUUCGAGUGCCUGGUUUUUCUAUUAGCUGAUGAAUUCAGAAUCGUUUUGUGGAACCGCGUAACUAAAAGAUUAUUAAGAUUUUUCUAGUCUUUUGCUGACAAAAUAUAUUAAUAUGGCAGAUUUUGCGUUAAAUGGAUUUAGCAGUGAUCAGACUGAGAAAAUCCUUCAAUUUCAGGACUUGACAGGCAUCGAGGAUCUGUCAAUUUGCAGAGAUGUCUUACAAAGGCAUAAUUGGAAUUUGGAGGUUGCUGUUCAGGAACAAUUAAAUUUGUAUGAAGGAAGACCAUCAAUGUAUGCACAGGACUCAAGAUCACGACCACCUCAGGUUGUUGAUGACAGUAGUUCUAGAAUAUAUUUUCAUUAUUCUGGAAGCUCUAAUGGCAGGGGUAGUUAUUUAUGGUAUAUCUUUUCAUUAUGUUAUGAAAGAGUGAUCAGCAUCUUACAACUACUUCUUUCAAUAUUUAGGAGAAAUGUUAGACCUGUAUCUUCUGAUCCUGUGGAAGAUGUGAUUAGCUUCAUUCGAAGUUAUGAAGAAUGUUAUGGUAGUAGUCAUCCUGUUUUUUAUCAAGGGUCUUAUAGUCAAGCUCUUUCUGAUGCAAAACAAGAAUUGAGGUUUUUAUUGGUAUAUUUACAUAAAGAUGAAGCUCAAAAUAUUGAUCAAUGGUGCAGAAAUACAUUGGGUAAUCUAGAAGUUGUUCGAUAUAUAAAUACACAUACUUUAUUUUGGGCAUGUAAUGUACAAUCAGGUGAAGGAUAUAAAGUAGCAGAAGCUCUUAAAUCUGGUUCUUAUCCUUUCUUAGCCAUUAUUGUUUUAAAAGAUAAUAGAAUGACAAUAGUUGGCAGAAUGGAAGGCACGCCAUCACCAUCUGAUAUAAUAUCUCGUUUGCAAACGAUUAUAGAUCACAACGAAAUUAAUUUAAUACAAGCUCGUCAAGAAAGAGCUGAACGUAGUGCCGCGCAAUCUUUACGUCAACAACAAGAUCAGGCAUAUGAAGAAUCAUUACGCGCAGAUCAAGAAAAGGAUCGUAGAAGAGAAGAAGAACGAAAAGCGCGCGAAGAACAAGAGGCUAGAGAAAAAGAACAAUUAAAUGCACAAGAAAUGGAAAUUCAACGCAUUCGUCGUGAGAAAGAACUUACUAUUUGUAAAGUGCCUCUCGAACCAGAGCCUACUAAUCCUAAUGCAUGUCAUCUUCAAAUUAAACUUGGAGAAAGGACAAUGAAAAGACGUUUUCUAAUGUCUGACACAGUAGAAGAUGUAUAUUAUUGGAUAUUUAGUCAGCCAGAUUCUCCAGUGAGUUUUGAAAUAACUACAAGUUUUCCGAAAAGAAUUCUAUAUCCGUGUAGAGAAAUUUUAACAUUAUCGGACGUCGGAUUAACACACAGAGAAGUUCUCCAUGUCAAUGAUUUAGAUGAUUAACCUUUAUUGAUAUUUGAAUAUUGCAUUCUUUAUGUUUAAGUAUCAUUCCACAGAAAAAUGAUACUGUCGUAAGAGACAUUUAUAAAAAAAAAAUAAUAUAUAUAUAUAUACACAUAAAAAUAUAUAUAUAUUUGAUACAUUCGAGUAUUUUAUGUGAAGCGUAGUACAUUGUCAGAAAUGCAGUUUUAUCACAGAUCUAUAAAAUAUGUUAAAAAAAGAAAUCAAAGAAUGAUUAAUUGUAUUGCAUUUUCUGCAUAGAACUAUCGUAUCAACUAUGAGUACAUUUAUUAUAUACUGUGAAUAAUACGCUCACUAAAAUACACAUUGAAUAGAAAACAACAGAUUUUGUUGUAGAAACUAAAAAAAGGAACUUAUAUAUAUAUAUAAUAUGACUUCACAAAAGCUGUACACCAAACAUUUAUUAUAUUUGUCUUAAUUAACAUUUUAGCUUACAAACAAAUUUUUUAAUAAGCUGACUAAGAAAUGUAAAUAAUUUAUAAAACAAAUGACCGAACAUAAUAAAUAAUUAAAGUACAGAUUUAAUUCAUGUAUGUGUAUAUAUAUAUAUAUAUAUAUAUACACACUUCAUAAAAUUUUAUGAAUGUUGAAACUACAAUAAUUUUGCAUUGUCUUAAAUCUGUACUUUAAAUAUAAUCAACAAAAAAUUUUUAACAAGUAUGGUUCCUUUUGCAUUUUACUUCACAAUUCUGGUCAGUCUUAUUAAAAAUGCUAUUAGAUGCAAAAACGCAAUAGAUUUACUAAUCACAUUAAAUUAUAUCCAAUGCAAGUUUCUGUAUCAGAAAGAAAAAGAAAAGUUGAAUGAAAAUAGUUUAUCUUAGAAGAUAAUCAAAUUCUUUUUGUAUCACAAUUUUAUAAAUGUGCACAUAAAUAUAGCUAUUUCUUUUUCUUUUCAUUCAGAAAUAUUUUUCUGUGAUGAAAGUCUAAAUUAAAUGUUAUCAUAUAUAUUUUAAAGAAUAUCUUAAAGAAAAUUUCUUAUCAUUGUAAGUUCAAAUAAUUUUUGUUGCUUUAUUUUUGGGUUGUAAGGAAAUUGUUUAGAACAUAUGUUAUUAUUGAUUUAUUAAUGUUGGGAUAUUGGAAGUCAAAUAUGUAUAAUUUUUAAAGUGUUCGUUUGAAGCGUUCAUGAUUAAUUUUUUUAUGCUUUUCUUUUGUAGAAAACUAAACUGAACAAAAACAAGCAUACGAAUUUGUAUUGCUCCUUCUAAAUGUUCUAUGGAAGAAUAUAAAAUAUUCAAGAGCAAUCUAUAUAGCAUUUAUACAUAUAUAAAUAUACACAUAUAUAUACAUAUGCAUAUAAAUCGUUUGAUAAAAUGAAUAUAACAAUCUGUGCAAUGCAACAGAUUUGUUAAUCAUUAAAUGUAAACUUUUGUAUACACAUUUUGUGAUCUAGUUUUGAUACGUCUUUAUUUUCAUUUAGAUACUCUUCUGUAUAUACGUAAACCAGCAAAUGUCUGAUGCUGGAUAUUGCUAUGUUUCUUUGUUAAUAUCUAAUGCUUAAAUAAACAUGUUUGAGAAUA